AUGACUGAUGCUCGUGAGUCUCCGGAAUAUCCUUUUUCGAAAUUUCUCGACCAACAUACGAGUCAAUUGGAGGCAAGUUCGGUUCCACCAGAGUUGUGGUUUAAUCUUUACGUGAAACUCGUCAAUCAAAGAUUUGAUGCCGGUGAUUAUUUCAAAAUUAUCUGUGAGAUUCCGGAUGAUGGCGAAAAGAAUAUGAGUGUUCUCGCGAUUAACGAUAUGCAUAAUGUUGAUGAGCACAAUGUAUUUCUUAUUGAUCAUUUACUGACAUUCGAAUCGGAAAAUUUACGAAAAAUCAUCGAAUCGUCUGGAGAUUUGCUGAAAAGACUUGUCGAUUUGUUUGGAUUGGACAAUUUGGAAAAUAAUGAGGAAGAUGAGGUUGAGAAGAUUGAGACGAGUAAUGACAAAGAAAAUCAGAAAUAUGAGCAACAGCAACUAAAUUCAGGAAGCUCACUUCCACGUCCAGAAUCUGUUGAUGCUCGUCUUGGUGCUUAUUCCGAAGAUUCCGAGAAUAAUCUCGUCGAUGCGGUUAUCAAGGAGGUUUGGAAAAACGCGCAAACCUAUACGGUUUGCUACAAAACGGAAACUGGAAUGCAAAGCAAACCGAUGUGGUAUUUAAUGGACGAGUUUGGUAGCAGAAUUCGUCAUUCUUCUAAUGGAAAUGUUCGCACUAUUCCACUGAUGUUCUUACCACAAAGUUGCGCUUAUAAUAUCAUGUUUUUAACGAGACCAAUUGCAAAAGAUGAAGAAGUUACUCGCGACUUUGCCCAAAAUAUAUUUACUGCAAAGAAUCCGGAAUGGCGUAAAUACUUGGAGCUGCCUUGGGUUCCAAACGAUUUCUCGAAUGAGUCUUCGGAAUUUCCAACUCCAACUGAAGAAUACUUCACUUCUGGAAGAAACCCCGAUCAUCUUGCAUCAUCGAAUGAUCAGGAAACCGCAAACUCUGCCCUUUCCGCAUCUUUGAGCAUUUUGAAAUCGCGAAAACUUCGAAUUUAUGCUGACGAUACACAAUUAAUUGAGCAUUUGAAACGCGACUACGAACUCGUGGAUGACUGGAAGAAAGCAGAUAUUGUAUGGUGCAUGAAACACUUCCAUGACUUCAAAACUCUUUGUGAAGAGAAUCCCUGUGGAAUGAUCAAUCAAUUCCCCUAUGAAUCGUGUCUGACAGUAAAGGACCUUCUUGCAACAUGUGCGAUGCAUGAUUACAAGAAAAAUAAAUGGUAUCAGCUCACUUAUAAUCUAAACACGGAGCUCCCACAAUUCGUCGCUUGCUAUCAAAAACGGCAAAAGGAUAAUAUUCCAAACGUUUGGAUUGUGAAACCGUGGAAUCUUGCUCGUGGAAUGGAGAUGUGUGUAACCGACGAUCUCAACAAGAUCAUUCGAUUGGUUGAAACUGGUCCAAAAGUUGUUUGCGAAUACAUCACUCGUCCGUUGUUAUUCCCAAGACCUGACAACGGAAAUCGGGUAAAGUUCGACCUGCGAUAUAUUGUGUUUGUAAACAGCUUUGAACCAAUUACUGCGUACAUCUACAACAAAUUCUGGAUUCGAUUUGCAAUCAACGAAUUUGUUUUGGGAAAUUUUGACGAUUUGGAAACUCAUUUUACAGUUUUCAAUUAUUCUGAAGAUCCUUCAAAGGUUUUGAAUAUGAAAUGUGAGAAGUUUAUUGAAACCAUUGAAAAGGAAUAUCCGAAAAUCAAAUGGUCCGAAUUGCAAACCAAAAUCAAUUCAACAAUUCAUAAAGCACUUGAGGCUGCUUCAAAGAAUAAACCACCCCGAGGAGUUGCGUCAAACGUUCAAUCUCGCGCCAUGUAUGGUGUCGAUAUCAUGUUGCAGUAUGACGACGAGGCAAAUAUCAAGCCAACUUUGCUCGAGGUGAAUUUUACCCCUGAUUGCACCCGCGCAUGCCAAUAUUAUCCCGAUUUCGCGGACACUGUCUUCGAGACGAUGUUCCUCGGCGAAAUCAAUCCCGCAAAUGUUACCCCUAUUUAA